AUGAGCUACUACAACCAGCAGCCGCCACCCGUCGGAGUGCCUCCUCCACAAGGUAAGCUUCUCUCUCUGGCUCUGGCUCCCGUUUUUCAGGCUCUGUGGAUCUAUCGGGGCAGAUCUGAUGGUUUUCAGAGGCUCAUCGUGCUUUCUCUGUUGUGUGCUGUGAAUUAGGGUAUCCUCCGGAAGGUUACCCCAAGGACGCAUAUCCACCGGCGGGGUACCCGCCGCAGGGCUACCCGCCGCAGGGAUAUCCCCCGCAGGGGUAUCCACCGCAGGGCUACCCCCCGCAGGGUUACCCUCCGCAGGGUUACGCGCAGCCUCCUCCGCAGAAGCAGAGCAAUAGUCCAUCGUUCUUGGAGGGAUGGUGAGUUUCCGGCAUCCCCAUUCUCUGUCUCCUUCGCGCACUGUCUUACCUCGUCUCGAGCCGGCACCCGUCGUGGGAUCGCGGAUCCGGAUGGUGAUCGUGGAGAAUGACGGCCGUCGCCGACGGAUCCGCUGAGUCCUUCCAUUUUCACGGUGUUCAUUCAUCAAUCGAAUCCUCUGUUUUUGGCCCUCGGCGCAGUUUGGCUGCUCUCUGCUGUUGCUGCCUCCUGGAUGCUUGCUUCUGA